UCCUCGCAAAGAAAACUCUCUGAAACAGGAUGAAGAUUGCCCCAAGAGGCCACUUGACAAAACCAAGUUCCCGCUCCGUAAUUUACCGAAAGACGUCUACCUCGUGCGUGCGUAGCUUCAGUUGGGCGUAACGCAGUUCAGGUCGGUUCUCACACCAAUCAUACAACCCAUGGGCGACCACUCGCACAGCGGCAUCGGCGGUAUGGCCAGCUCCCCGGAAGACUCAACGCCUUCAGUACGCCCCAAGCACACCUCGCCCAUGGAAACAGACCGUCCACACGAUGACACCUACAUCCCCGACGAAAUCGCCCCCGAAGACGACCCAACAGAUCUAGGCCUCGACAUUGCGUCCAUCACGCUGAUCAGCCCGCCGGCGCCUCUGGUUGAAGCUGGAGGUUGGGACGCGCCUGUGAGGGGGGUCGGGAUCAUUGGUGGUGCGGCGCCGGUACCUGCCGUGGGUUGGGAUGGUGCGGCGCCGCGGUCGUGGUCAGUGAAUGAUGUUGAUCACGAAAAUGGGGCCGAUGGUGAAGGGCAUGAAACCGGUAGAGAAGUAUCUCCACCUAACGAUAUGAAGGACGAAAAAGAUACAAAGAAAGCACCCGAAUCAACCAAACAAAGGAUAACAACCCUUAACACAGCCCUCGACACCCUUAUGUCCCGCCUACUCUCCUCCAUCGACGCCUACGAAUCCCACCGCAAAGUCCUCUCCACCCUGCUUUCCGGCGGCUACUUCGACCUCUCCUCCGCAAGGCAGGCUCUGGGCGGGUCGCCACAGCUUACACCACUGAAAUAUGAUAUGCGGAUGAAGUGUACGCGUGGGGUGAUUGUGGAGGAGGCCGAUACCGCGUAUGGGGAGGCCACGGAGGUGGUAGUAGAGUUUACGGAGAAUGUCGAGAAACCCGCGGAAGGCGUGGUGGACCCUAUGAGAUGGUUCGCGGCCCUCCCGCCCGCACCCCUCCGAUCCGCACAGACGCAGUUCGUCAAAGCCGUGCAGCGCUGUAUCUGUUUGGCCAACGCAUCACGCGAGAUUGACGCGUUGAGGGUCGAGAUUGCGCAAAAGAAGAAGGAACUCGACGCAUUGGAUGGAUCGAAAAUUGCGAAAUCAACCGACGCUCGACGAAUCGAUGAUGACCUAACACCCCCACCGCCCGACCAACAAGGCUGGGACGCCCCCCUCCCCAACACACUCGUGAUGGACAUCCAGGACGAACUCGAACAAGAGAUGGAAGACGACCCGCUGGCGGCGUUGGGGAGCACGACGUGGGAUCCAGAGGAUGUGGAGUAUGAUUAUGCGGAUGGGUGUGCUUAUAUUGAUGAUUAUUGAGUGGGGGCGUGUAACAGAAUCGGAGAGAAUGGGAAGAAGGAAGGAGGGAGAAUGGGGGCGUAUUGGGCGAAAAACAAUUGUUCGAUGUACAUAUCAAACCCGACCUGGGGAUGGAAAGUGCGACAAGUUUUGGAAAGAAAAGGGGAAAGCGGUAAAUAGCGAUCUGGGUGCGUUCCGGGUGCGUUCCGGAUGCGUGUACAUACAUAGCAUCCGUAUAUUGUAGGGCAGCAUGCUCGUGCGGUAAAAUCAAUAAGGAGCAUAUACCUCCUGUUCUGCUCUUCUA